AUGGAUGCCUAUUUAAGACCGUCCACUUCAUCAAGUGAUGCUAAACCCAAACCAACUAAACUGAGAAGAUAUGUCGACAAUUAUCUCGAGCUUGGUUUUAUUCAGAGCAGCGACGGAAGACCAAAAUGUGUCGUGUGUCUUCAGGUGCUAGCUAAUGAAGCCAUGAAGCCGGCCAAGCUAAAGCGGCAUCUGAAGACGAAGCACCCGGGGCUUAAGGACAAAACAAUAGAUUUUUUCCGCCGAAAGAGUGAGGAAUACAUGCUUCAGAAAACACGACUGGUGAACCUGGCCACAACUUCAGAAAAAGCACAGAGGGCUUCAUAUUUGGUGGCUCAACGGCUCGCAAAAAGUAAGAAGCCGCACUCAAUUGGACAAGAACUUCUUCUUCCAGCGGCAGUUGAAAUGUGUGAAGCUGUGCUUGGGACAGAGGCAGCUAACAAACUCAAAGCUGUACCGCUUUCAAAUGACACCGUGAGAAGGAGAAUUGAAGAACUAUCGGCUGACAUUCAGUCACAGCUACUGGAUAGACUGCGUUCAUGUGAGCAAUUUUCUAUUCAGCAGGACGAAUCAACAGACAUUUCCAGUGCAGCUCAAUUGAUUGUUUUGGUGCGCUAUCCCUGGGAAGGAGACAUUUUGGAGGACUUUCUGUUCUGCAAGGAGGUGCCAGGCAAGACAACAGGUGAGGAAAUAUUCAGACUGCUGGAUGCUUUCAUGACUGAAGCGAGACUGAGUUGGGAAAAAUGUGUGGCCGUUUGUACGGAUGGCGCAGCGGCGAUGACCAGCCGAAAGAGUGGAGUAACGGCGCGGAUAAAUCAAGGGCACUGCAAUCACGUUUGUUUGGACAACUUUGCCGGGAUAUGGAUGCUGGACAUGCUAUAUCACUGUGAGGUGCGAUGGCUCUCUCGUGGUAAAGUUUUGCAGCGGGUGUUUGAGUUACGCAGAGAAAUGGCAGAGUUUAUGAGAGAGGAAAAACCCAACAUCGCACAGUUUUUUACAGACCCGGAGAGUAUGGCCAAGUUGGUAUAUCUUGCCGACAUAUUCAACAUACUGAAUAGCCUCAACCUCUCCAUCCAAGGAGGCCACACAUCCAUCCUUGAAGUCAGCGACAAAAUCACUGCCUUCAUGAAGAAAACAGUCCUAUGGAGAAGGAGGAUACAAGACGGGUUAACAGACAUGUUCCCCCAACUGAGUGAGUUUCUCCACACAAACAACUUGUCUGUGGCCACAGUGAGGAAGGUUGCGACCUCACACCUCACAUCACUGAGCGAGCACUUCAGCUCAUACUUCUCCGAUGUGAACACUGAUGCCUGGGACUGGGUGCACGAUCCCUUUGCACCAGCUGCAACAGCAAAUGGCCUGACAGGUAAGGCAGAAGAGCAGCUGUUGGAUUUAUCCUGUGAUAGGACAUUGAAGGCCCGAUUCCAGCAGGUUAAUCUGGCAAACUUCUGGCCCUCCCUCUCACAUGAGUAUCCCGAACUCACUGCUGAGGCCAUGCAAAUAUUGCUCCCUUUUCCUACAACGUACCUCUGUGAAUCAUCAUUUUCCACUUUGACUGCAAUGAAGAAUAAGUACAGGGCUCGUUUACAAGAGGAGGAUGAUCUUCGAGUCUGUUUGUCAACCAUCACUCCAAGAAUAGUCCACACAACCGGAAUCAGCCGAGGACCCAACUGUCCAAGCUGGCUACGAAACCAACUGGGAAAACCCAGCGUACGGCAGCGCCAGCAGAGGUGUAGGGAGACGGCAGCAGAAAGUCCUCGACAGUCCCAGCGAAGAGAGAUGGUAGGCGCAGAACCCACCGAGGAUGAUGGCGAGGGCAGAGUAGGCAACCCGCGUUCCGAGUACCUCCGUGGGCUGAGCCGGCAAUCAGUCGUCGGUAGACACAACCGGAACCGUAAUCCAGGAUCCGUUCUAGCCGGAGUGGUCGACUGA